AUGUUCGGCCUUUUUCCCGUGACCUUUACUCGUAUACGAAAAACAGAGUUUUCUGAAUGUUUAAAUUUACUAAUAUAUCACAAUCAUCCAUCUGUUUUGAGUAAAGAGGCGGAGACCAGUCCAUUACUGGUAAACAAUGCGGCGGAGAGGUGGGGGAGCAAGAUUAUCAAUGUGGAUGAGGCAAAAGAUCAGAUUCUCUUCGCAUUGCCCAUGAUUCUGACCAAUGUUGCUUACUAUUUUAUACCUUUGGUGUCUGUAAUGUUCGCCGGCCACCUUGGAGAGCUCGAGCUCGCCGGCUCUAAUCUUGCCAAUUCAUGGGCUUCCGUAGGUGAUGUGAAGUGUACAGUUGGCUUGAGUGGUGCACUUGAGACAUUAUGCGGGCAAGGAUAUGGUGUAAAACAAUAUAGGAUGCUUGGAAUAUACCUACAGGCAGGGGCGGAGCCAAGAAUUUUGUCCAUAACAUUUCUAACACUUUGGUGGUAUUCUGACAUUGUUCUGCAUUUCCUCCAUCAAGAUCCUUGAAUAUUAAAAGCAGCUGGUCUCUAUUUGAAGUAUCUGAUUCCUGGAUUACUUGGCUAUGGGUUGUUGCAAAAUAUCUUGAGAUUUCUUCAGACACAAUCAAUUGUCGUACCGUUGGUUGUGUGCCAAUUGCUCCCUCUAGCCCUCCAUAUCAGCAUCGCCUAUGCUUUGGUUCAUUGGACUACAGUUGCAUAUAAAGGAGCAACAUUAGCAGCUUCAAUUUCACUCUGGAUCUCGGUCCUCAUGUUAGGCUUGUACGUGCUUAAAGCAAAGAAAUUUGAAGAGACGUGGAAUGGAUUCAAGUCAGAGUCUCUCAGUCACAUCUUCUCGAACUUGAAGAUAACCCUGCCUUCAGUAGCUAUGGUGUGUUUGGAUUAUUGGGCUUUUGAGAUUUUGGUUUUGUUGAAAGAAUUACGGGCUGCGUGUAGAUUUGGAAGACUAUACCGCAGGAUUCAAUUAUUACAAAUAAACAUGUCUGAUUCAGACGCUGCUAGAGAAUGGUUCUUCUGUUUAUCACUAGAGAGCAUUCAAUCAUGGAACAAUAUGGUUCAAAAAUUCACGAUGAAAUUCUUCCCACCUUCUCGAGUUCACCAAAUUAGGAAUGACGUUCACACCUUCAAGCAGAAAGAUUUAGAGAGCUAUCAUGAGGCAUGGAAGAUGUUCAAAAAAAAUUUUAGAAAAUGCCUUAGCCUUGACAUUCCCAAGCAGGCUCAGCAAUAUCUUUUCUACUAUGGUCUAAAGCAAGAGUUCAGAAAUAUGAUAGAUGCUUCAGCAGGAGGAUCAGUGAUGAAACUUGAUGUGGAUGAGGCAUAUGAUCUGUAUGAAAAAAUAGCUGAAAACCAAUCGAUGUGGCCAACUGAUAGGGAAGCUCCAAGGAAAACAUUAGGGUUACACAACGUAGAUGCAGUGACAACACUGGCCGCGCAAAUGGAAGUUCUUACAAUGAAAAUGGACAAUUUAUCUAAGUCAGUCAACAUGGUACACCAAUCAUCACCUGUUUGUGAAGGCUGUGGAGUGGAUCAUGCUAGCACACGCUGCCCUUUGGUGUCUACACAUGUUAAUCAAUCCGAAGAAGUAAGCUACGCAUAG